UACCCGCCAACAGCGUUUGCAGUUGCACACGUUUUUAUUUGCACUGUUUUUAACUGGACAACUUUUCAUCUGCCCUGCUUGUAGCCCUAGGUCCCACCUCAGGUCCCAGCACAUCUUUUAUCGAGGAGGCAUGACUAGAUGAUGGAGCUCAAGUUUGAGUCAGCCUCACACCUGAGGCUGACUCCGCACCCUGAACCCUCUGCUCCACCCCUCCCCUGCAGCUGAGCCACAAACCACACCCUACCACAUGACUCAACAGCAUUUUGAGAAUGUCUGUGUGUCUGUCUGACUGUAUGUCCACAGUGAAGCCAUCUGAGCCACAGUGCUGGAUGGAGGGCAAAUUCUUGGAAGGCAGUGAUGUUAAGAUGAGCUGCAAGUCCGCUGAUGGCUCUGAUCCUAUCCAUUACAAAUGGGAAAAAGUACUGGACGAAGGCAAAUAUGUAGACAAGCUGCCUCCACUGACACUGAUAGAUUUCAAAACCCCAGAGAUUGUGGCACUGAGGAAUUUGACCAAGGACGAUGCCGGACUCUACAAAUGCACAGCCAGCAAUGAUGUGGGAGAAGAGAGCUGCACAGUGGAAGUCAAGAUACACUAUGUAAAGGGAAUUGGUGUGGUAGCAGGUGUAGUGGUUGGUGUGUCCUUCGCCAUUCUGCUUAUCUUACUCAUCAUCUGGUUGGUAUUCUGCAAAAAGGACAUGGAAAAAAAUGAAGAGGAGGAGACGCCCAAUGAAAUCAGGUAGACAAUGCCUAGAAUAUUUCUUUGCACAUGAUAACUACCCAUGACAAAAAACUUUACUUUUACAGUUUUAUUCAAUAUAUUAAUAUAAUUGCUGCAUGUUAUACAAUCAUUCAUUUCAUCGUUUCAGCCAUCUCAUUACCAGAAUCACUGUCAUGAUCCUGGGUCUGCUGACCCAGCGUUUUGUGUUUAGUUUAUGUAGCCUUCAGGUUUCCUAAGUUCAUCGUUUUCAUGCCUAGGUGUUUCUAGUUAUUUACCCCUCGUGUUCCCACUAUGUUAAGUCUAUCAUGCCUAGGUGUUUCUAGUUAUUUUCCCCCUCGUGUUUCCACUUAAGUCUCCCCUGCUUUCCAUGUAUUUCAUGUCUGUGGCUUAUGUUGUCAGUUCAGGUUGUCAUGUCUAUAUCUCACUGUGUUUCCUGUUUUAUUGUGAAGAGGUCUGGUGUGUCUGUGUUCAUCAUGUUCAGUUACUCUCCCACGGUGACGUCAUUAUGUUCGUGUGUGCCAG